AUGAUGGACGCCUUCGCAGAAGUCCACAUCUUCCGCUGGGUUCGAAUGAUCUGCGCUCACCACCCACAGGCGGAGUUUGGCUUCUUAGGCACGAAAGCAGACCGAGUUGACCACGAUCGUCGCAAAAUUACCGCAAUUCAGCAAGAUGUCGUGUAUCGCUUCAAGUCGAAUAUCCGGCGAAUGAAAGACCGUGUGCAGCGCGCGCAACAGGAACUGGAGGACGCAAAGUUUGAGAUUCAGGAUAAUAAUCCUAGUGCUGAAACAACAGAACUGGACGACCAGAUUGCGAGUUGUGAGCAAAUGCUACGCAAACAACCGGUUCUACUUUCGGAAGAGCUGAUUGUGUUCUCCAGUGCCGACAUGAAAGACGAAAGUAUCGCGCGUGGGAAGUUGAAAGCUCUGCUCAUGACGAGUGGUAGCUCCGUAUUGUUACCACCGAGUUACGCUGAGCUGCUGAAGCACGCCCAACAGUGCUGCGUGCGUGAUCUACACAAUAAGUCGUCAUUCCAGGAAAAAGUCGACGCUGCGUUCUUGUCGGUCAAGGAGUUUGUCAAGUCAGUCACCAACUCCUCGAAGUUCGUUAUACCUAAAGAGGAGAUGCUGGCUGCGUUGCAUUUGCUGCACGAUACAGGCGACAUUGUGUGGUUCGAUGGCGUGUCUGACGUUCAGAUGCUCCGAGAGCGGCUCUUCCUGGACCCGAUGCUAGUGAUCGAGUUCGUCCGCCAGAUCGUCAACCACAAGCUCGAUGCCAACGCAACAGCGAAUGGCUAUCUGAAGGAGUUGCUGCUCCACCUCCAUCUCGCUUAUUCCUCGGGCAAGUCAAAGAGAAUGACCUGGAACUCGGACCUCAUUGUGCCUGUGUACUGGAAUCGAGCCCCCGAUGAUGCAGCAACGGAUGCUAAAACAUUUCCAUCCGAAGAGGAUAAAUCGGCUGGGUUAGUUGAAUUUGUGCGAUGGGAAUACUCGUUCGAGCCAGCGAUUCCAGAGAAUCUGUUUGAGAAAUUGGCAGUGGCGACGUUUUCACCGCUGCUUUCAUCGGAGCGACAGUACGCCGGGUCAAAUUUUACUGACAAGCUGAAAAAUGACUUCAGCGCCCGUGUUGCGAAGGAAGUCAGCGAUGCAAUUGGAGAUGUGGAUACCACGACUUCUGUGUUGAGCGUCAGUGUGAUAGCCCUGGCUCAAGGGGGCCAACGCUUUAAUGUGGAUCAACUCUUGAGUGAUCAGGAACAUUUCACGCAGCUAAGUAUCGGAACGGACCAGAAGUACCUCCCAGCCGACAUGGGAUGGUAUACCAACAAGUCACAGCAACCGACUCCCGCUACAGACCCCGCAAAUGCACAGAAUGCCGCUGCUGCGUCAAACGAGAACGCAUUAGCAGGUCAAGUGGCUCAUCUCCAACAGGGUCUUGAUAACAUCGCCUUACUUGUGGGGCAGCAGUUGGGCAAUAUGGAGCACCUGUUUCAGCAGAAUGCCGAGCACAUUGACGCUGUUGCGAACGAGAUCCAACGCGCCCAGAUCGCGCUGAUCACUGGGAUGGAGAACAAGGCGAAAUUCCCGUCGCUAUGGACACUAGAGUAUCAGCAACCUGAGAGCCCGGGAGGUGGAGGACACGGGCCCGGUAUUAUAGCGGCGCUCAAGAGGAAGGUGAUGACGACUAUCAUCUUGAAAUUCCGGAGUGAACUAUCUGGAAAAUGUUACCACGAGCCUAUCACGAUUUCUGUCGCGCCGGAGCUGCUCGCACGCUAUGGUAAAUAUCUUAAGCGUUGUUCCCUUGAAUUCCAGGUGGGGUUGACGUUGCUUUCAGCUGCGACACCAGAUUUCUGUGGGAAAGACGUUCUUGGCGUUAUCACCGAUGAGUGCAAGCGACAACUUGACCGAAGUGUGGACUUUCAUGAGGUGCUGCACCGCGCUGGUGUCUCGAGCGACCCGGCCGCAGGACCACAACACAUGGAAAACAACCGCAUGCUUAGCCCCCACGAAAUCCUGACACUGCUCAGUUGUCUGUUGCGGGUGCACAAUGAGUCGUUUAAGAUCGAAGACAUUCCACAACUAUCCGGCUUGGUCUCUGGUGUUGUCGUCAACCCGACCGAAUACAUUUGGGCUACUCGCGACGAGAUCCUUCAGCAUGGAAACGACAUCAUGCUGGCUGUCGACUACUCACGCAGAGGAGAAGCCGUCCCUCAAAAGAGCAUUGAAGACAAGGUUCCCGAUCAAGUACAAGUGCCUCCCCCUGCAGUCGAGAUCUCUCCUCCAGUGCCAGCGGAGACACAACCAGCUGUGAUGCCGCCGACUUCCCCUCAACUCGGGUCUCCAAAGGGGGUCCUUCAAGCGAUGCGACGUCGACUGUCUUCCUCAAAGUCCCCUGCUCCCGCCUCAGAAGUACAACGAUUUAUGCUCAAGAUCAUGGGGGCCAAGGGGCUUCAUGUCAGUGGCAAGCAAAGCCCAUACUGCAUCUGUCGGUUCGAUACAAGCAAUGGCGUGAAGUUGCUUCAGGUUCAAACCUCUCCGCACACCCAUGGGGGGAAGAACCCGUCGUGGAAAGCCCAGUUGUUCGAGGUGGCGCUACCGAUCGACGCGGCGCUCAACGCCACGAUGGCUUUCACUGUUAAGUAUGGCAACACGGUGGGUACCACUCAGAUUGCACAGGGAUCCGCAUCGUUAGCCAGACUCAAACCUGGCCAAUCCUCUAUUCAAGAAGUCAGCUUGAUGAAAAAGGGUAAACCUGCUGGUACGCUGCAGUUCUCGCUGGAAGCAUUUGCUUAG